AUGUCCGCCAAUGAGGCUCCAACUCGCACUCAUCUUGCAACCCCAUGUGGUCUCCUCAUCAAUGAGUUGUGCAAUGCGCCCCGGCCUACACUGGCCGGUGCCACUGCAUUGCUCCGGAGCGCCCUGGAGCGCGACACGGGCAGGGCUGCGGCGUCUCCGAUUGGGCUCAUCCUUUUCGCCGUGCGGAUGGGUUGCCGAAUCUAUUCAUUCGCGAAGACAUUACUAGAGUCAGAUGGCGCAGGCUCACUGACAGUGGCGCUUGCCCUUGGCGCCGGGCGGCCAUGUGUAGAGGCUGCCGUCGAUCCUCUGCGCAACCAGCUUUUGGCAUCCAGGAAGAACCUUCAACGAUGGGCGACCGAAGCCGCAGACCACAGCAAGGCUGCGCUUGCCUGUGCCGUUUGGUCUCACCUGGCCAUGCUUCAGUCCUGUCUUGGCUGGGGUGAGGCCGAAGCUCCUGUGGCACUGUUAGCCUCGCAGCUUCUGAUGUCAAUGCACGGUCUGGAUGCAGUUCUACUUGAAAGAAGUGAAGGUCGUGGCUCUUUCAUCGACAGUGCGUCGCCCAUGGCUGGCCCGGUCGGCAACCCGCCUGGUGCAGAUCAGGAUCCAAUGGGAGGAGGCUCUGCCUGCGAGAUGUUCACGAUCCACGCAGAGGAGCGAGGCAAUCUUGCCCGGUGGCUGCGCCAAAGAGGGAGCCAAGCCGCAGCAGCGCUCGAAGCCGCUGUGGCUGUGGCGUCGCUUUCCAGCAGCACUUCGGGUGCGACUUCAUCUUGGAUAGAAGUCCGUCCAGGUGUCUUCAUGCGCGCUGUUGAAGCUCCCUCUCAGGACAAUUUCAAGCUGAAGCCUGGCCAGAACGUGGAAGAGUAUUUGCAGAAAUUGGCAUCCUUACCAAAGCUGGCUUACGACACCAACUUGGGAAGCUUUGCGAUGCAGCAAGGAGAGCUGCAAGUCUUGCCAGGGUGGGCGUGCAGCGCUCCAGAACUACAAGAUGUUUUCGGGGAGUCAACCGAACUCAUGGGGAUUCUGGCCAGCCUUGUGCAGAGAACGGAGCAUCGGGAAUGCCUCAACCUCGCCGGCCAACGCUGCGAUGUGCACCGAUGGACACCAGAUCCACGCCCAUGGCCGAAUCCUGUGGCUGAACGUGGGGUUCGCUGCUCCUGGCUUGACGAAGCCGCCAAGGCAGCUGGAGGCCUUCCGGUAGGCCUGGGAAGCUGCAGACUGUUGCAGAGCUCAGAGAGGAUGGCGCUUCUGGCUUGCGAGGUCGAAGGCAUCGAGGUAGUAGUACUCCGUGAUCCUCCAGUGGUGCAGAUUUUCGAGAACUGUUCACACGCAAGGAUGGUCUUUCGAAAGUUGAGAUGGACCAGCGAUGCUAGCUGGUGCCUCACAGGCUUCUCCUCCCAGGAGCCCUGGUCUUCCAAGUCGGGGAUUUGGAGCCUUUGCUCUGGACAAGGAGGAAUCCCCGGUGCAUCCACCAAGCAGCCGCCGGCACCUCGCAGCAAAGAGACCGUCCUCGUCCAGAGGGAUUUCCAUCAGGAUUCUGGCAGCUCCGGGGCCAAGGAGGAAGCCAAAGCUGUGCGUGAGGCACUGCUUCCGUCGGAGCUGAUGAGAGGCCUCCUUCCCGAGGCAUUGCUGCGCACUUUCAGAUUCUGGAGGGGCAGCGACGGGUUCCUACGUGGAGAGGAGAGGCACCCGACGCAACCCUCGCAGCGGCUUCAGGUAGAGCGAGUUGGUGACGACCGCGUACGGAUCUGGCGGUAUUUGCCAUCCGGUCACAUGGGUGCACAGCCCAAGAUGCCUCCUCACAGGCACCUACUGGUCAACCUACUGCUGAGUGAGACCGGCUCUCCUUUGCGGCGCCUGGCUGACGUGCUGACACGCAUAGAAGACCUGGCCUUCAUUCUGUGCUGGGCAGACGAACAAGGUCGGGUCGCAGAAGUUGCCCUACCUCGGCUUGGGCUAAACUUCAAGGUGAACGGCCAGGGUGGACUCGAAUGCCUCGGCUUUGGCGGCCUCAGCAUCGCGGCGGAAUCGCGCAUGGCGGAGCAGUCCGUCUCCAGCAAGGUGAGGCUUCAGUUGCAGCGGUUCGGCGGUGCCGCUUUGCUUCUGCAGGGUCAGGAUGGCGAGCUGGCAGUCCUGUGCUCUGCCCUACAGCGCCCGCGCCGUCCUGCUGGAGGGCCUUCACCCAUCGAAUGGGGCGCCCCGCUGGUCUUUGAUCGAAGCAAAGGGGCCAGUAGCAUUGAUUCGCCGGCUCACUACUUCUAUUCCAUUCACUCCUCGCAGACGCACGCGCAAGCGCAGGACCUGGCAGCAGAGUUGUACCGCCUGACCUGCUGCUGGCUCAUGCACAGCUAUGACGAGGUGGUGAGAUCAGCUAGCGCUCUAAGCUGCGACAGUCUGAGCCCACAGGAGGCAGCCUUGUGGUCGCAGCUGGGUGCUGAGACGGCUCACGACCAGCAUGUGGAUGCACACGCCUGCCGCCUUCACCUUUCCACGGCGCUGCAGCCCUUAGGCUUGGAGCCGCCGUGGUCUGUGAGGGAUGCUUACAUCCAGUUUCUGCUCAACCGCAACCAGUGUUCGGCGAGCUGCCUUUUGACACCAGAGCUGGAGCUGCAGGUCUUGCAGAUGGUGCCUGAGCUCGACGGCCUCAGCUGGCUCCUGCGCAACCGCAGGCGCGUCCUGGAGGCAAAGAGCGGCGUUCUCGUAACCCUGGAGCCGCCUCCUCUUGCUCCAGGCGAUGGCUAUGAGGUCAAGGUCUUCUCUGAGACCUCUGCAUCAGAAUGGACCUCCACACUCAGCUUGGCCCCAUCAGCAGAGGAGCAUCCGAGAAGUGGCGCCUCAGCCCUGCGCUUCAUUGAUCAGCAGCUGUCUUCUGGCCCGAUCUCGCAGCAGCAGGCCUUCGAGAUCUUCACACAUGUCACUUCGCUCCAACCAUUUCCAGACGACCCUCCGCACUUGGUUGCUGCCUGCCUCGCCCGGGCUUAUGGCCCAGCCUCUGCAGCCUUGGCUGCUCUCGCCCGUGACGAAGGCCUUGUGGAGAAGCUCCCGAAAGCGCCGAAGAAGCAGGGCUUGCUUCCCAGCGCAGCGCACAAGCGCUGGCUGCAGGAGGUGAGGGAAAGGUUGGCUACGGCCAUCCGUGAGAUUCCCUUGCCUGAGCCUCCCGCGCCUGCGGCAGUUCCCCGAGAGGUCCUCUUGCAGCACAAUGCACUGCGGCUCGCGGCUUGGCCCAUCGUGCAGGUUGCCGAUUGCGACAUGCGCGCCGUCUCAGGCAUAGCAGCUCUGCGGAAGCCGCUGAAGGAGAUUUGCGACUCAUUCUUCAACCUUAUUCCCACGCCUCAAGACGCCCCAGCCCUGGCGCCAUGGCUUCUUCGUGAGAUCCAGGCAGACCCGCGCUGCACGUCCCGAGGGGCAAGAUGGGUCCGCCGCUUGGAGGAGUCACUGCUGGAGCUGAGGGCGACCGUGCAGGCCACUUGUUCUGAUUUGCCACAGGGCAGCAUUGGCACUUGGGCUCUGCGCCUCUUGGCCAUUCCGCACUUCACAGAAGCUUGCUGA